AAAAAGGAUCCCCUGGCAGCUAAACAACCGAAACCAACUCAUAAUAUCCUACAGAUAAAAGAUGUGAACAUACCAAGGAGUCCAACAUUAGAACAAUUGGGAUUAAAACGAACAAAACCAAUGCUACAACAAAACUCAAUUGGAAAAUUGACUGGUACAAAUACUGGAUAUUGGAAACCAGGGCGAGAAAAUACCCAAAGAGACAAAGAAAAUCAUAGCUCUAAAAUGCCAGAUUUUGUUCAUAAUGCAUUAAAACAGACAUCCCAACUAAUGGGUGACAUUGACCAUAUUUUACAUAAUAACGGAGAAUUUGGACCGAGUAGACUACAAUGAGUUAUGGCAUCAGGACUACAAUUAAAUUUCUUGCUUAUUGCCAAUGCUAAUGCUACCUGUGUAAU